UAUACACAGAUUUCCCUCAUCCAUUAAUUGCUCUCUGCAUUUGCCUUCAUUACAGUAACCAAAAAAUGCAGAAAGCUGUGUUGGGCUUGGAGCUUUAUGACGAGAAAAUCAAGCAGAAAGCUCUUCUAACUGUCUGUGGCUUCCAUGGAGUUGAGUCGAUCUCAGUGGACAUGAAGGACAAGAAAUUAACAGUGGUCGGGGACAUUGAUUCGGUGAUUAUUGUGAAGAAACUAAGGAAGAUAUGUCAUGCUACAAUUUUGACGGUCGGACCGGCCAAAGAACCGGAGAAAAAACCGGAUAAAAAUCCCGCACCGGAAGGAACGACCGAACCGGAUGUGGUUUAUGUUCCUGCUGGUCCUCCAAAUCCAAAUUACUAUUGUUGGUACUGCCACGUGUUUUGCGGAAGACCUUGGUGCAUGUGUCCUCAUUUUAAUUACUAGAUGAAGAUUUUUAUAAUAUAAAGAUGAAAUUAAUUUUC